AUGAAGAUCACUGCCGCUACGUUUGUAAGCAAAAUCUUAGAACGCUUAACGUCAUUCCACCAUAUGCUGAGAUGUUUGUGCCACUGGUCUCGAGCCAUACUAUCUUCUUUACUUCGGGCACUCCUCCUUCGACUGGACCCUUUUUGGCGGCAAAUCUGGUACUUUGUUUCCCUAUUCAUGUUAGGGUACUUCGUUUUGGCCAUUUUGGAGCCACAGAAUCCUAUGAAUCGCCCAAAAAGCUAUGAUCUUCUUUUCACCGCUGUCUCAGCAGUGACUGUAUCUAGCAUGGCCACAGUUGAGAUGGAGGUUUUCUUGAAUACCCAACUCUUUUCCUUGGCAAUUCUGAUGCUAUUGGGAGGAGAAGUUUUCACCUCAAUGCUUGAACUUCAAAUCCAGAAAUUUAAGUUGUCAGAGAAGAUGAAGAGCAGAUCCAACACUUCAAAUAGCGAUAUACACUUAAAGUACAACUCAAUGAUGUUUUUAGGGGUUAUCGUGGUAAGUUACUUCGUUGCUUUGCAUAUAAGUGGAUUUCUUCUCGUUUCUUUGUAUGUAGGCCUUGUUACAUCGGCAAAAGAAGUGCUCAUAAAAAAGAAUCUUAAUAUACAAGUAUUCUCAAUUGUUACCACUAUCUCUACUUUCUCCAACUGCGGAUAUCUCCCAACCAAUGAAAGCAUGAUGGUUUUCAAGAAAAACUUAGGCCUGCUUGUGAUUCUAAUCCCACUAAGUCUUCUUGGAAACACAUUGUACCCUGUGUUCCUCAGACUUUUACUAUUGUUUUUCGGUAAAAUAAAUAGUAGAGAGGAAUUGAAGUAUGUUUUAGAUAAUGAAGCCGAGUUGGGGUAUUACCAUUUGUUAUCAGGGGUGCAUUGCUGGUAUCUUGCUCUAACAUCUAUUGGGUUCAUAGUGAUUCAGUUUGUGCUUUUAAUCUCUAUUGGCUGGAAAUCUCAAGCCAUGGAUGGAUUGAAUCCUUCCGAAAAAGUAAUAGGCUCUUUGUUUCAAGUUGUGAAUACCAGGCACGCAGGCGAAUCAGUCUUUGAUCUUUCCCUCAUCUCUCCAGCAAUCAUUGUUCUAAUUGUCACGAUGAUGUAA